CCGCCGCCCGCCGCCCGCCGGCCCCAUGGAGCGCGCCGCGCCGAGGAGGGUUCCGCUGCCGCUGCUGCUGCUCGGCGGCCUCGCGCUGCUGGCGGCCCGAGUGGCCGCGGACACCCUCAUGGAGGCUUGCUGUGCGGACGGACAUAGCAUGGCCACACAGCACAGGGACUGCUCGCUGCCUUAUGCCUCGGAAUCCAAGGAAUGCAGGAUGGUCCGGGAGCAGUGCUGUCACAGCCAGCUGGAGGAGCUACACUGCGCCACGGGCAUCAACCUGGCCAACGAGCAGGACAGCUGCGCCACGCCACACGGUGACAACACCAGCCUCGAGGCUACGUUUGUGAAGAGAUGCUGCCACUGUUGCCUGUUGGGGAGGGCAGCCCAGGCCCAGGGCCAGAGCUGCGAGUACACCCUCAUGGUCGGCUACCAGUGUGGGCUGGUGUUCCGGGCGUGCUGCGUCAAGGGCCAGGAGACCACUGACUUCGCCCCCGGGGACAUUGGGGACAUCCAAGAAGCAGCCAAGAUUUCAGAGAUCGAGGAGGAGCAGGAGGACCCGUACCUGAACGACCGCUGCAGAGGCGGCGGGCCCUGCAAGCAACAGUGCCGAGACACGGGGGAGGAGGUGGUCUGCUCGUGCUUCGUGGGCUACCAGCUGCUGCCCGACAGCGUCUCCUGUGAAGAUAUCAAUGAAUGCGUCAUGGGCAACCACAACUGCCGGCUUGGAGAGUCCUGUGUCAAUACAGUGGGCUCUUUCCGCUGCCAGAGAGACAGUAGCUGUGGGACUGGCUAUGAGCUCACGGAGGACAAUGACUGCAAAGAUAUUGACGAGUGUGAGAGUGGUAUUCAUAACUGCCUCCCCGAUUUUAUCUGUCAGAAUACUCUGGGAUCCUUCCGCUGCAGACCCAAGCUACAGUGCAAGAGUGGCUUUAUACAAGAUGCUCUAGGCAACUGCAUUGAUAUCAAUGAGUGUUUAAGUAUCAGUGCCCCGUGCCCUGUUGGGCAGACAUGCAUCAACACGGAGGGCUCCUACACAUGCCAGAAGAACGUGCCCAACUGUGGCCGUGGCUACCAUCUCAACGAGGAGGGAACCCGCUGUGUUGAUGUGGACGAGUGUGCAGCACCCUCUGAGCCCUGUGGGCCGGGGCACCUGUGUGUGAACUCCCCUGGAAGUUUCCGUUGCGAGUGCAAGGCUGGAUACUAUUUUGACGGCAUCAGCAGGACGUGUGUGGACAUCAACGAGUGUCGCCGCUACCCUGGGCGUCUAUGCGGCCACAAGUGCGAGAACACGCCCGGCUCCUACUUCUGCAGCUGCACUGUGGGCUUCCGGCUGUCUGCCGACGGCCGGUCGUGCGAAGACGUGAACGAGUGCAGCAGCAGCCCUUGCAGCCAGGAGUGCGCCAACGUGUACGGCUCCUACCAGUGUUACUGCCGGCGAGGCUACCAGCUCAGCGACGUGGAUGGGGUCACCUGCGAAGACAUUGACGAGUGUGCCCUGCCCACUGGCGGCCACAUCUGCUCCUAUCGCUGCAUCAACAUCCCUGGAAGCUUCCAAUGCAGCUGCCCGUCGUCUGGCUACAGGCUGGCCCCCAAUGGCCGCAACUGCCAAGACAUCGAUGAGUGUGUGACUGGCAUCCACAACUGCUCCAUCAACGAGACCUGCUUCAACAUCCAGGGGGGAUUCCGCUGCCUGGCCUUCGAGUGCCCCAAGAACUACCGGCGCUCCGCAGACACGCUCCGCCAAGAGAAGACAGACACUGUCCGCUGCAUCAAGUCCUGCCGCCCCAACGACGUCACCUGCAUGUUGGACCCAGUGCACACCAUCUCCCACACCGUUGUGUCACUGCCCACCUUCCGAGAGUUCACCCGCCCUGAAGAGAUCAUCUUUCUCCGGGCCAUCAUGCCCGUGUAUCCUGCCAACCACGCUGACAUCAUCUUCGACAUCACCGAAGGGAACCUGCGGGACUCCUUUGAUAUCAUCAAGCGCUACAUGGAUGGCAUGACUGUGGGUGUCGUGCGCCAGGUGCGGCCCAUUGUGGGCCCAUUCCAUGCCGUCCUGAAGCUGGAGAUGAACUACGUGGUCGGGGGUGUGGUGUCCCACCGAAACGUGGUCAAUGUGCACAUCUUUGUCUCUGAGUACUGGUUCUGAGGGCCUGUCCACGGUGCAGCCAUGCCUGUGCCUCCAGGCCAAGUCAUUGCCAUACCAACCAUGCCUAUCCCUGGUGACAUUUCUUAAACUGAUGUAUUUGUUUUAGUGUUAGGCCAACAUGUAUUAAGCUGGGCCAGAUGAAUAAGUUCAUCUGAUGUAUUUUGGUAUUUAAAUAACGAGUCCAAUUACUCAACUGUUUGUUGAAAACCUUGCUUAUUUUUUAACGCAAAGGUUAAAAUUUGCUCCCUUUCUCUGCCUGGGGGCUGAGCAUUGCUAAGGACCAAGGAAAGAAAGACAUUUUUCAGGGGGCAGCCAGUCUAGAUGCCAGGAGAAAACCAGUUCUUGCACUGAUCAUAUGAAAUUUGACAUUUGGUACCUUUUUUGCCAAUCGGAUGCUGUAUGUCCAAUGACACGGUUGCCGUCGAGUAGCAGGUAUGACCAGUUCUGCCCAGAAGCAGCACGACACGAUGCCUCGGGGAGCACUUAGAAGGUGCGUUACGGUUCUGUUAAAGCAGAAGAAAUUCUUCGGGAAAGAAAGACAGAACCUGUUAGGUUUGUGUGUGGGCCCUGUGUGGUCAGCAAGGGAGUGGCUGGGUUUUCUCUGCACCCUGCAUCCGUCUUUUCUUAUCAGAGGUGGGAAAAUAAACAGUUUUGUGAUCCU